CACCUCUCUCUCUCCCUCUCCGAUAUUACUAAAAUGGCGCCAAAAUUUCCUGUUCUUCUUCCUUGCUCCUCUUCUUCUAUACUGAAAUUCUUUCUGAUUCUGUAUUUCACAUUACAUUGUCCAUCAUAUGCCACUGGCCACAAUUACGGUGAUGCUCUUCGUAAAAGCCUGCUUUUCUUCGAAGGUCAAAGAUCAGGAAAACUUCCACCAGAUCAACGUCUCAAAUGGCGUCGUGAUUCUGCACUCAAAGAUGGUUCUGCAGCCGGAUUAGACUUAACGGGAGGUUAUUAUGAUGCUGGAGAUAACAUAAAAUUUGGUUUCCCAAUGGCUUUUACAACGACAUUACUCUCAUGGGGUGUUAUUGACUUUGGUAAAAACAUGGGACCAGAGUUAAAACAUGCUGUUAAAGCCGUUAGGUGGGCAACGGAUUACUUAUUAAAAGUAACUUCUGUCAAAGGAACUGUUUAUGUUCAAGUAGGUGAUGCUUUAUCUGAUCAUAACUGUUGGGAAAGACCAGAAGAUAUGGAUACAUCAAGAGCCAUUUAUAAAAUUGAUACGUCCCAUCCUGGUUCUGAUGUUGCUGGUGAAACUGCCGCUGCUUUAGCUGCUGCUUCCAUCGUUUUCCGCAAACGUGAUCCUAAUUAUUCACGUAUAUUGCUUGAUCGUGCUGUAUCAGUAUUCAAGUUUGCUGACAAACACCGGGGUGCGUAUAGUAACAGUUUGAGGUCUGCAGUUUGUCCAUUUUACUGUGACGUGAAUGGAUAUCAGGAUGAGUUGCUUUGGGGUGCGGCAUGGUUGCGUAAAGCAUCGAGGAGGCGCGAAUACAGAGAGUAUAUAGUGAGGAACGAGGAAGUUUUAGGUGCUGGAGAUAGUAUUAAUGAAUUCGGUUGGGAUAACAAGCAUGCCGGAAUUAACGUCCUCAUUUCCAAGGAAGUGUUGAUGGGGAAAGCAGAUUACUUCAAAUCUUUUCAACAAAAUGCUGAUAAUUUUAUAUGUUCAUUAAUGCCGGGAAUAUCUAAUCCUAAUGUUCAAUAUUCCCCGGGUGGAUUAAUAUUCAAAGCUGGAGCGAGUAACAUGCAACAUGUAACGUCCUUGUCAUUCUUACUUCUAGCCUACUCUAAUUAUCUUAGCCAUUCCAAUAAGAUCAUUCAUUGCGGUCAGCAAUCAGCUUCUGCUUCUACUCUCAGGCACUUGGCUAAACGUCAGGUGGAUUACAUUCUAGGUGAUAAUCCAUUGAGGAUGUCAUAUAUGGUGGGAUAUGGUUCGAAAUUCCCGUUACGUAUUCAUCAUCGAGGAAGUUCACUUCCAUCUGUAAAGGCACACCCAUCUCAUAUUGGAUGCAAGGAUGGAUCACGUUACUUCAACAGUCCAAAUCCUAAUCCUAAUUUGUUAGUUGGAGCUGUUGUUGGGGGGCCAAACAGUUCAGAUGCUUUCCCAGAUUCAAGGCCAUUUUUCCAGGAAUCCGAGCCUACAACUUACAUAAAUGCACCGUUGGUUGGCUUACUUGCAUACUUUUGGGCUCAUCCCAACUUAUAAAUCAAUACGGAGUAUAUAGUAAAAAGUUUGUACCAAGUGUUAUUUUGAGUGGUGCGCAAUAAGCACCACCAAGCGAAUCAUUGUAGUAAGAAUCUACCGGUUUUAAUAUUUAAUGAGAAAAUGGAAAAUGUAGUUAAGAGUACUAGUGUGGUUUUGUUUACGGAUAAGCUAUGCGCCACUUGAUUCCAGGUAUGCAAUACCGUAAAAAUCUAGUUUUAGCUAGAUUUUACCAUUGAUUCCUACAAAAAUAACAAAA